CGCUCGGUCUAAUAGUACUACGUCAUUUCUCGGAAUCCACGCUCGGUCUACGGCGCUCGGCGAAGGUCACGCAGGCUCAUUCACGCGGCGACAAUUGAAUGAGUCAGUUAUGCCCGCGCCGUUCGGCAUAUCGUAUCGUUCUCUCUUGAUACGCGUUCGCGGAAGUAAGUGCGGGAAGAAACCGCGAUCGCUCUCUGCGAAUAAUCCGUGAUAUCAUCGCGCGAUCGCUGAAUCCCCGCGACUUGCCAUCGAUACUCGGUUAACCGGCAAGCCAGAUAUCUCGCGCGGUUCGCACAUAAGAUCUAUACAUCGAAGAAUCAAAGCGUUAGCUAACUUGAAAUCACUUCUUGCGAUAAUUACGAACGAUAAUUACUUCUUUAAACGGUGCUCGUAUAAAUCGGACACAUCGCGUAUCAUAGCAGUGAGUCUUUCGUCGCUUCGAGUAUAAUUUGUUGGCUUUUUCUGGGUUGAAAACGCGAAAUAAUACUUGAAAUAUUGGAUCGAGUGCUUUAACUGGCAAUUAUCGAUGAUUUAUUAAUACAUACUAGUUCAUACAUUUUUUACGGAAUUUGUAAAUGAAAAUACACGUGAGACAUUGAAUUUUUAAUUACUUUCGGACGAUUGUGUCUCGAUUAAUCGUUAAUUCAGUUACGUUUAUUGUACGGUGUCGAUGUUAAAAUGUAUAAUAUUCAAGUUUUUCGUUUAUUCACGGAAAUGUAUAAUCUUGAAAUGUUUCUUUUAUUAACGGAAUCAUACAAAUGUUGGUCAGAAUGCAGAACUUUGAGUCGAAUUUCAUCGCGAUACGUUUAAUUGAAGAAUUAAAUAUCAAUUUUAAUCUUAUCCGUGCUUCAUUAUAUUGUAAUAUUAACUCAUCGAUCGUUUAAAUUUAUACGUCGGCCAUUUCUGUUGAUUAAAAUUCGUACCGUCGGAUAAAUUUACAAGGAAUACCGAGUGUAAAUAGUAACUUUGUGCAAUCGUAUAGUUUUCGUGUUUCCUUUCUUGUCGCGUGCGAUUAAUACCGAGGUGUUACACAAAGUGUCAUCCCACGAAGUUUGGACAAUCAGGUUACGAGAUUUGGCCAAUCGUGCCACGAAACGUCAGCAUGAGCAGGAAAGAGUUCUUAGCGACACACGGAACGGAGAGCUAAGAACGCAUGCCUAAAUUAGCCCGGGAAGCGGAUAACUUGCUGGUAAGCGGCUAACGGGUCACUUCUAGGGGAUAAUAGAUCGCCGACUGGUGUCCCAAAGAUUCAUCGGAAAACUGGUCGACUCUCAUGGCAGCGCGGAAACUCGCAGCCCUCUUCGCCGCGGUCCUGCAACUUUGCUUAUGCCAAAUCACCCCAGAAGUUUUGCCCGAGUUUUUAGCCCCUUUGGAAAAUCACACGGUGAUUCAAGGUCGUGACGUCUUCUUCACCUGCGUCGUUAAUCAUCUGCAAUCGUACAAGGUAGCCUGGAUAAAAUCGGAUUCCCGAGCGAUUCUGGCGAUACACACGCACAUGGUGGCGCACAAUAACCGGCUAUCCGUCACGCACAACGGACACAACACGUGGAAACUGCACGUGUCGAAUGUCCAGAAGAACGACUCCGGUACCUACAUGUGUCAAGUCAAUACCGAUCCUAUGCGCAGUCAGAUGGGAUACAUGGAAGUAGUGAUACCGCCCGAUAUAAUGGACGACGAGUCCGCGGACGGUAUGGUCACUCACGAAGGAGGCAAUAUAAGAUUGCGAUGCGUCGCCACCGGUUCGCCGAAGCCUAUUGUCACUUGGAAACGAGAGGACGGCCGCAACAUUAUCCUCAGGGAAGACGGGCAGAAACAAUCUCUGAAAACACUCGUCGGCGAGACACUGGAACUGACGGGGGUGCUGCGGCAAGAGAUGGGCACGUAUCUCUGCAUAGCCAGCAACAAUGUGCCGCCGACGGUCAGCAAGCGUUACUCCGUCGAUGUUCACUUCUCACCUCUUAUUAAGGUGACAAAUCAAUUAGUGGUUGCGCCGAUUAAUAGCGACGUCAUGCUGCAAUGUUACGUCGAAGCAUCGCCGCAUGCUAUGAACACUUGGUACAGAGACGCAGGCGAGAAACUGCUGCCCAGUGACAAAUACGUAAUGACGGAGCACCCGCUGAAUGAGUACUCCUGGCAAAUGAAUCUCACUGUCCAUUCCCUGGAAAAACGGGACUUCGGCGGCUACAUGUGCUCGUCCGUCAACGCGCUCGGCAAGUACGACGGUGUGGUGCGAUUGCAAGAGCUGCAUCUCUCCGCGAAGACGACACCGACGACGCUCACGAAGAACACGGAUAUCAGACAGCGCAAGAAGCCGAUAUCGAAGGGCAAGAAGAAGAGCAACAGCAGCAACGGUAGGCGAGGAUACGCAGGCGGUUUCGAGGAGGGCGAUUCCGUCAGUGGCGAUGACGAUUUCGGUACCACGCAAAUUAUGACCGGCAGCACUCAGGAGGGCCAGAGAACGGACAGGCCCGUCGUGCCUUCCAUACCGCCGCCUUGGAUCGUCGUGAAUGCCGCGAACCUCAGGCAUCCCUCGGUCUCCGCGAUCUUGCUCUUGCUUCUUCUGCCGACCACCCUGUAAGACGACGGCGAAGAGUUUCAGAUAUGAACGACGAGAGAAACGGCGAUUAUGAAGAUCCACGAGCCGGACUGAAGAAUAGAUUUAGAGGAUCUCGAUUCCGCGCGACUCAGGUAGACGAAUUAACAUUUGAUGAAUUAACAUUGAUUUAAAACUUUAACGUGCCCGACUGAAGGAACUUUCUGAGAUCUUUCGAGAUUAAUACGUGCUUGAGAUUAUUAUGAAUUUUUAAAAGCGCUUCUCUAUCCUUUUAUCAAACGGUCAAGACUUUAUCGAGUAUAUAUUUAGUUUUUAUUUUACUAAACAUUUAAGUAAUGUACGUAAACGUUGAAAAAUUUUUAUGUUUUCUUAUAUUUUGUAUCAAUUUGACCGUAACUUUUCCCCUAGAAUAAAAUUAAUCGUGAAAUAUAUUCAACGUUACACAACUGCCUUGUAGGAAACGAUUAUCUCUGCUGUUAAUAAUGGCAAAAGUUUUCUCUCGAAGCUUGUCGGAAUAUAUUUAAAGAGAGUAAUCGUUAUAAAGAAAUCUCUGGAUAUUACAGACUCUUUCUGCUUUAAUCAUUAUUUGAUGUACUUUACGUUUUUUGCGAUGUCAAAAUGCUUUCUCGGAUUACGCGCUCCGCUCUAAGUAUCGAUCGCGAAAUCCAAUAUCUUUGAGGAGUAGAAAACCAAUCUCUUUAAGGGAGAGAAGAGCCUGAUUCCGACGGAAUCUGAUAUCGACUGGUCAUUAUCUUCAUUACCCCCUAUCAUCUAUAUAAUUCCUCAGCUGCUUUUACCUCUUUAAUCACGAUUUUAAAGAUAAACAUUAAAUUUCUCGUGCAAUUACUCUAGGAAUCCAUCUUUAUAAAAUUACAAUUUACGAAAACUUUAAUCGCGCAUCGAACUAUCGCGAUCGUUUCUAAGAUAUUAUUUACGUAGAAACAUAUGAAACAUAUAUUUCGUAAAAAAAAACAGGAUAAGCUAUCCCCCCCCUCCCCCCCCUC